AUGCGUGGCGAGGUCUGUCACAUCCACAUUGGCCAGGCUGGUACUCAGCUUGGUAACAGUGCUUGGGAGCUGUAUCUCCUUGAGCAUGGUCUCAAGGCCGACGGUCGUCUGGACUCCGAGAGAUCCGAAGAAGUCAACGAGGGUGGCUCUUUCCAAACAUUCUUCACUGAAACCAACAACGGCAAAUACGUUCCGCGCUCCAUCUUCGUGGAUCUGGACCCUUCGCCGAUCGACGAAAUCCGCACCGGUAGUUAUCGCCAGCUCUUCCAUCCCGAAUUGCUGAUCAGUGGCAAGGAGGAUGCUGCCAACAACUACGCCCGUGGCCACUACACUAUCGGAAAGGAACUCGUUGACAGCGUGAUUGACCGUAUUCGUCGUGUUGCCGACAACUGCUCCUCUCUCCAGGGCUUCCUCGUCUUCCAUUCUUUCGGCGGCGGUACCGGCUCCGGAUUUGGCGCCUUGCUACUGGAGCGCCUUUCGACUGACUAUGGCAAGAAAUCGAAGCUGGAGUUUGCCAUUUAUCCCUCUCCUCGCGUGUCCACCGCUGUCGUCGAGCCAUACAACGCCGUUCUAUCUACUCACAGCACCAUUGAGAACUCCGACUGUACUUUCUUGGUGGACAAUGAAGCCGUCUAUGACAUCUGCCGUCGCAACCUGGAUAUCCCUCGCCCCGGUUAUGAGCAUCUGAACCGUCUGAUUGCCCAGGUGGUCAGCUCCAUCACAUCUAGUCUUCGCUUUGACGGCGCCCUCAACGUCGACCUGGCCGAGUUCCAGACUAACUUGGUGCCGUUCCCUCGUAUUCACUAUCCUUUGAUUUCUUACGCGCCCGUGGUUGGAAGCAGCCGUAGCUCUCAUGAAAGCUUCAAAGUCCAGGAUCUCACCUUCCAGUGCUUUGAACCCAACAAUCAGAUGGUGGUUUGUGAUCCUCGCAACGGCAAGUACAUGGCAGUCGCUCUUCUGUACCGCGGUGACGUGGUGCCUCGUGACUGCACUCAGGCCAUCGCCUCGCUCAAGGCCAAGUCUUCGUUCAACCUCGUGGAAUGGUGCCCCACUGGAUUCAAGCUGGGUAUCAACUAUCAGAAACCCGUGCGCGUCCCUGGCGGCGAGCUUGCCCCCGUGGAGCGCUCCGUCAGCAUGCUUUCCAACACCACUUCGAUCGCCGAAGCCUGGGGUCGCCUGGACCACAAGUUCGAUCUCAUGUACUCCAAGCGUGCUUUCGUUCACUGGUAUGUGGGUGAAGGUAUGGAGGAGGGUGAGUUCUCCGAGGCCCGCGAAGAUUUGGCUGCUCUGGAGAAGGACUACGAGGAAGUCGCCAAUGAUAGUCUGGAGCCAGAGGCGGAGGAGCCGGAGUACUAA